GCGGGCUUGGGGCUUCGCAGCUCACCAGUGAGACAGCCAGCCGGGUGUGCAGGGCGGCCGCGUCCGCUCGUCCUCUCAUUGUUCUCCAGCUCGAAGGUGAGAGGCGAAGCCUGUGACUUCUGCGGCCAUGGGAGCCCUAUAAGAGUACAGAGGGAGGCAGCCGAAUGCGGAAAGCGCGCAGGUACCGUUCGAAAAAGGAUUAAAGCGAUCGGCAGCCGCCGGAGAGGAGGCGCUGAGGGCAGACGCCGUGCUGUGGGAGCGCUGCUGUCGCAGAACCCCUCACCACGGAAACAUGUCGGCAGCACAGACGCGCAGUGACAGCGAGCAGCGUUGGGGCUGCCUGGAAUCCCUGGGGCUGAGCCAACGAGAACUGGUGCUUGCUGAGGCUCUGCAAAUGGAAUAUGAUGCCCUCUCUCGACUCAAGCAGGACAACAAGGUGCCAUCCAAUGGGGGUGCAGGAGAGCCACCCAAGGGACCAAGCAAUGAACAGCCUGCUUUGCGUGCUGGCCUUGGUCCCCCUGACAGUGACCUGAUUCGAGACCUCUCUGGCUCGGACACUAUGCUCAGUCUUCAGCCAGGGGUGCCCAGCCCCUCCCGGGCCAACCUGGAGUCUCGGGGCUUCAGCAAAGAACCCCUCUACAUCUUGGACAGCCCUGUGAAAAAUGAAUAUGAGAACUCGUCUUCACUGUGUUCCAAGAACUUUACCCCACCUGAUGACCCCCCGCCUGCUGUGCCACCACGCACACCUCUUACUGCUGAUUUGUCCCAGACCCGGAGGGUCUCGGCACCCCGGGAUGUGAAUCUUUUCACCCCUGAAGUGGACUUGCCCAAGGUUUCCAGUGGGGAGGUGUUGAACUAUGACAACAUUAAUGAUUCUCUCUCCCGGUUGAAUGGAGGCUGGCCAUCCCCCCGAGGACGCAGGGGGAAUGGAGAAACAACAGGGAAGCCUGUGGCUCGCAGCAAGACCCUCCCCCCUCAGGUGCCACCCCGGACUUAUCUUCCGACCCAGAAGAGCAACAAGAACCAGCGCAGGGUGUCUGCUGAUCCGGUGUCCCUGGGGUCACGGCUCAACGGCUUUGGGUAUGAGCUCUUCCAGGUCUCUGAGGAGCGGGAUGAAGAAGUGGCUGCCUUUUGUCACAUGCUGGAUGUGUUGCGGUCUGCCUACCCUUGCAGUGAUCGCUCCAAGAAUGCAGGUUUUGUAUGGAGCCCCUGUGUUGCUCAGGAUGAGCUACAGCAAGGCCUUGGGGUCAGCAUUAAGGUCACGGUUGUGAGUGACCAUUUCAGGGAGCCCCUGGUCUUCACGUGCGAUGGUUCCUCCACAGUUGACCUGCUGAUCUACCAGACACUGUGCUAUGCCCAUGAAGACUUGGACCUCAUGGAUGUGGAGGACUAUCUGCUGAAGGUCUGUGGACAGGGCGAGUUCUUGAAGAACAAUCAGACCCUCGCUAGCCUUGAAUAUGUUCAGCAGUGUCUGAAGUUCGACUGGGAGAUUCGCUUUUUUCUGACCAAGAGGAGCUCUGUGAACCAGGAGCUUGCCCGUACGGAGGAAGAUGACGAAACUCCUUCUACGAUGAACCAGAGCCUUCUCCUGCAGGAACGGCCUGUCAGACAGACAGUCACCAGGGAGGCUUUAACGCUGCUCCUGGACACUUUUCACAAUGAAGCGGAAUCAUUCCUUCUCUCCGAGGUGGAGCUGCCACUGCAUGUGGAGCGGUUGGUUCAGUCGGUCAAGGCCCUGUGCAGUUCAUUGGCUGCUGUCGAGACGCCUGAAAUCACCACAGCCCUCAACCAGCUUCCAGCCUGCCCCUGCCGUUUGCAACCCCAUGUCCAGAAGGAUGUGUCAGUGCUGGCACUGAGAGAGAACAGAGAGAAAGUGGUGGAGAGGUUGACGGCCUCUAUCCUUGACCUUGUGGAACUUUACUGCAGCACCUUCAAUGCCAACUUUCACACGGUCCCUCAAAACAACCGGCCCACUGCUCCAAUGCAGGAGGCAGGGCUAGUUGUCAACGUGUUGUCGUUCAACAUCUACGCUGCCCACCGCAUCCCUAUCACUUGGGCUGCCAGUUAUGAGGGCUUCUUCCUCUCCUGCUCCUUGACCCAUGGUGGGGUUGAACUUUGUGCUCCACAGCACACGAGCAAGAAGCCAGUCAACAAGUACCUGUUUCACCUGGUGGUCUGGGACCAGAGGAUAUGUUUCCCAGUACGGAUAAACCAGCUGCCGAGGGAGACGCAGCUGACAGUGACGCUGUACGCCACCUUGCUGCCACCACCGGGAAGUGUUGAGGACAAGAACAAGCAGCGUCGUAGCAUAGAGGCGCUGGGCUGGGUCACUAUGCCCCUAUUCAACUUCAGGCAUGUGCUAACCUGUGGAAGGAAGUUACUCGGUCUGUGGCCUUCAACCUUGGGAAGUGGAAAUGCUCGCUCCAGCACUCCAAACUUCAGCCAACCAGACAGCGUCAUCCUGCAGGUGGAUUUCCCAACGUCUUCCUUUGAGGUUCACUUCAGCACACCACUACCAGCUGAAUUCAGUCCCAAGUAUGAAUUCUUCCGCCUGGACCAGAACAGUCAGAAGCAGCUGCAGGAUGUGUUGCACAAAAAGUCCUUCUUCUGGCUGACGCAAGAGGACCGGCGGCUGUUGUGGGAGAAGCGGUACUUCUGCCAUGCUGAGAGCAGCGGACUUCCCCUCGUUCUGGCUAGUGCCCCUAGCUGGGAAUGGGCUUGCUUGCCUGAUGUUUACGCUCUCCUACGGCAGUGGUCCUGUAUGAAUCACCUUGAUGCACUGGGCCUGCUGCACGCCACGUUCCCAGAUCAGGAGCUGAGGCGCACAGCUGUCCAGUGGAUGGACUCCAUGUCAGACCCAGAGCUGCUGGACUUCUUGCCCCAACUUGUGCAGGCUCUGAAGUACGAGUGCUACCUGGACAGCCCCCUUGUGCGUUUCCUUCUACGGAGGGCCAUUGGGGACAUACGCAUUGCACACUACCUCUUCUGGUUGCUGAAGGAUGCCUUACAGGACUCCCAAUUCAGUGUUCGCCACCAGUACCUGCUUGCAGCACUAUUGUGUUGCUCGGGUCGUGGCCUGCGGGAAGAAUUUGACCGCCAGUGCUGGCUUGUCAAUAUCCUCGCCAAGGUGGCCCAACGUGUGCGGGAUGCCUCCCCCUCAUCCAGACAGGCCAUCCUACGGGAGGGGCUAGAGGAAGUGCGCCAAUACUUUUCCAUUAGCAGCAGUUGUCGACUUCCUUUGAAUCCUGGCUUGCAGGUGAAGGGGAUCAACAUACAGUCCUGCUCCUACUUCAACUCCAAUGCAGUUCCCCUCAAGUUGUCCUUCCAGAACUUAGACUCCUUGGGAGACAACAUUAACGUCAUCUUCAAGUCAGGGGAUGACCUGCGGCAGGAUAUGCUUACCCUUCAGAUCAUCCGCAUCAUGAACAAGAUUUGGAUUCAGGAAGGCCUGGACAUGAGGAUGGUCAAUUUCCGUUGCUUUUCCACAGGCCGUGGGCGAGGAAUGGUAGAGAUGAUCCCCAAUGCAGAAACCCUGCGUAAGAUCCAAGUAGAACAUGGAGUCACUGGCUCCUUUAAGGACCGGCCGCUGGCAGACUGGCUACAGAAGCAUAACCCCACUGAGGAUGAAUAUGAGAAGGCUGUGGAGAACUUUAUCUACUCCUGUGCUGGCUGCUGUGUGGCAACCUACAUCUUGGGAAUCUGUGACCGCCACAAUGAUAACAUCAUGCUUAAGACCAGUGGCCAUAUGUUCCACAUAGAUUUUGGGAAGUUUCUUGGGCAUGCACAGAUGUUUGGCAACAUUAAACGUGAUCGAGCUCCAUUUGUCUUCACAUCUGACAUGGCCUAUGUCAUCAAUGGGGGUGACAAGCCAUCUAGUCGCUUCCAUGACUUUGUGGACUUGUGCUGCGAGGCCUACAACCUAAUCCGCAAGCACACACACCUCUUUCUGAACCUGCUGGGAUUGAUGCUGUCCUGUGGCAUUCCGGAGUUAUCAGACCUCCAAGAUCUGAAGUACGUCUAUGAUGCCCUGCGACCCCACGAAUCAGAGGCGGAUGCCACCAUGUACUUCACAAGGCUCAUUGAGUCAAGUCUUGGCAGUGUGGCCACCAAGCUCAACUUCUUCAUCCAUAACCUGGCACAGAUGAAGUUUGCCUCCACAGAGGAACGACCUGUUCUUUCAUUUGCCCCUCGGGUCCACACCCUGAAGAGCGAUGGGCUGAUCCGCAACCUCUAUGUGUGUCGGCAUAUAAGGACCUACAGCCCGAGCAAGGGCUAUACUUAUGUGGUGAAGGUGGAGUGGGAUGGACAACAGGGGUCAACACUGGUUCAGAGAAGUUUUGAGGAAUUCCAUGAACUCCACAGCAAACUAAGGCUCAUCUUCCCUUCUUCCAAGCUGCCAAGCUUUCCGAGUCGCUUUGUAAUUGGCCGUUCACGGGGAGAGACCAUGGCUGACAGGAGAAAAGAUGAGCUGAAUGGCUACGUAUGGCAUCUUAUUCAUGCUGCACCAGAGGUUGCGGAGUGUGACCUGAUAUAUACUUUCUUCCAUCCGUUGCCAAGAGAUGAGAGACCAGGGACUGUUUCCAACACUCUCCAGAACAAAACUGCAGCAGAAAUGUCGUGGGUGCCCAUUGCUGGGAAAGUGGCAGGAGAAGUAAAGCUCUCAAUCUCGUAUAAGAGUGACAAACUCUUCAUCAUGGUUAUGCACAUUCGAGGACUGCAAGUCUUGCAGGAUGGGACUGACCCUGACCCCUAUGUAAAGCUGUACCUCCUCCCAGACCCCCAGAAAACCAGCAAGCGGAAGACCAAGGCUGCCAAGCGCACAUGCAACCCCACCUAUAAUGAAAUGCUGGUGUAUGAUGGCAUCCCCCGGGGAGACCUGCACCAGAGAGUAAUUCAUCUGCGGGUGCUGAGCGAGGGGGCCUUCUGGGAGAACACGCUCCUGGGAGAGACCUUCAUACCCUUGAAAGCCCUGACCCCUGGCUAUCUCUGGGUGGAUUGGCAUCAGUUGGGCACACGUGGCCCAGAUUCCACCCGUUAAAAAGGGCAGGUGUAUGUGUGUGAAUGGUAGGUGGCAAGAGAUAUGAAACAGGCUGAAAGAACUCUUGAGUCUGCAAGUGUCUGUGCAUACUUGCAUAUCUGAAUGAGAUGGCAAAGCCUAGCCACUUGGAGCCAAGUUAUUCCCCCCAGUGGGGGUGUGGAAAAGUGUCUUCUUCCCUGGAGAUGUUGAGACUCAGUGAUGGAAGGUUGUCACUGAAUGCUGUGGAAGUGGAGUUCGCUCACAACAAGCCGUCUGAGUAACAAGACCUGAUAGUGGGCAGAUGAAUUUGUAUUUUAGCAAGUCCAGGUGUAAAAGUUGAAAUGGAACUGAUUAGUGUCCUUAAAGCUCUGAAGAACCAGGACGUAUUUCUCAGCACAUAUGUAAGUGGCUCUUCCACAUUAACCACUUUCCACUGGCCAGCAGACAGAGGGAGAAUGACUGCUUGGGCCUCCGUAAGCUGCUGGUGGUUGACUCAGUGAGGCAAACCUCAACAGGAUGUGAAAAGAGGAAAAAAGGGAAUCUUAACUUAUUUCUUUUUGAAUUCUGGCAUUCUGGUAUUGCAGCUCGAUUUUGAGCUUCUUGUUAUGCAGUCUUCUAUGAUUUAUUAGUGUGCCACAUGUAUAAAUAGAUGUUUAUGUGAAGAAAUCAUUCAGAGUAUAGUGAGACUGGGUGGAUAAUUUUGUACUGUAUGAGGGUAGUUGGAUACCCUGCUUUUUCUUACUUGGAGCUGUCUCAUCAUGGUAAUGAGAAUUAGCCAAGUUAUAUUUUUGUGGCCCAGUGGGCUUCUUAUGUCCCAUGGAGUCCACUGUAUAUACUGUAGUUUGUGUAGACUGCUCCAUUUAAUAGCUUCUUCCCUCUGUAGUUUUGUGUAUCAGGUAGAAAGUCAGAGGUUGUUAGUGCCACAACGACAACUGUGGUGAUUGUUUAUAGCAGGUGUCCUCUUAUUCUGCUGUAAGUGUCUGUAUAUCAGAAUUCUUUAUUCCAACGAAAAUGUAUUUCAACUACAUUCAGUUGCUUGCUCAAAUGCCUGCUGUGAAGUGUGUUACAGGUUAAUUGUUGCACUUAAGAAAUCCUAAAUCCAGCAUUUUUCAUUUGUUUUUGAAUGUUUCUUCAGUGAUAAGGGAAUCAAUUAUAAUUACAGUAGCACCAACAGGAAACUACAUUUUUUCUUCAACAUUUUUUUGUUUUGAGAAGCACAGGCUGAAAUGGCAUGCUGUUCUAGUUUUUUUGUUUUGGGAGUGUUUCUAAAAUUAUAUAUAUAAAGUGUAGCACAUUGUGGUGUUAAUAUUCUUAUUUGGAACUAGUGGCCCGAGAGUACAGAAGACUUCCUAGUUGCAAAAAUGUCACCUGUUAGCAAAUUGACACAACUCAUGUUCACAUUUUUACUACUGACUGUGUUACUAUGCCACAGAAAUAAAGUGUAAUCCAGCAAUAGUCAUUUUAUAAGUGUAGGGACUAUAUCAGAAGUGUUUCCUAAAGAAGUGAAGCACCAUCUAAUAACUGUUGAGACAUAGAAGUAUUAUGAUUUGUUAACUUAAAAAUGAGAACAAGCAACAGGGUUAUAACUCAGUUUCACUUGGUGCUUUUCAUGGAAUUUGUUGAAAAGGAGGGGAAAAUGUUUACUAUUCUGAAUAUAAAUCCCAAACAGUUAAUGACUCCUUUUAAAAAGGUUGUCAUCAUAUAGAUUUAGACACAUUUUAUGAAAUGAUUGUCCAAACUUGCAAUUAAUGUACAGGAGUCACUUGAUUAAUAGAAAUACUUAGAUUUCUUCUGUUGCUUUUUCUUUUUACUCUUCUCCCCAGUUUCUUAAAAAUGUGAAAGUAUAGCCAUUUAUGUCUAAGCACAUUGUACAAUGGAAACACAGGAUUCUCUUGCAUGACAGAUUUUCAAAGUUUUCAAAGAAUGCAGGUUCGAGCCUCUAAGGGGUUCAGCUUGAUUAUAUGACCCUGAAGUAACAUCUUGCCAAUGAGCCUCUAGAACUGAUUAACUUCCACUUGUAAAUCCAUGGAUAUUAAGGGCUUCAGCUUCUCCAUUUCUUCCCCCAAUCAGGAGGUUCAUAUAGUUUGUCUUGUUAUAUUUCAUUUAUUUGGAAUUUAUGGCCAUUCCGUGUGUGCUUUCCCCCCCUCUUCCUUUGUUUAAAAUGUGGCAGAGACUGUAUUUGGUGUAUGCUGUGCCAUUCAGUGUGUUGGAACCACCCUAAAGGCACAGGCUGCUUUCAGAGGAUUGCGCUCCCCAGCAUAAUGAGAGAAUGAGACAGAAUGUAAGUUCAAAAUGAACAGGACUUGAUAUGUUGUAAAUACUUGAUGUCAUGAUUGCAAUUAUGAGGAUUCGUUAGGUUUUAUCCUACUUUUUAGUCAUCACAGAUGUAAGUGUAUUUUUUAUUUGAUCAUUUUGUAAUAUUAUUUGCACUAAAUAAAGAUAAACUUGAAUUGACUACACAAAAA